AUGGCCAAGCAUGGAGCAGAAGUUGUGAUUGUCCCACGUAACUUUAAGCUGCUGGAAGAAUUGGAAAAUAGUGAAAAAGGUCAUGGAGAUAUGAGUAUCUCGUAUGGAUUAGAACAAGCAGAUGAUAUUUUCCUGACGAACUGGAUAGGAACGAUCCUUGGUCCUGCUGGUACAUGCCAUGAUGGACGCAUCUAUAGUCUCCGGAUUCAUUGCAGUGAUCAGUAUCCUCAUAUGCCGCCUGAGGUGCACUUCACGAGCCGCAUCAACAUGAGCUGUGUGGAUCCCCAAUCGGGUCGCGUUGAUCCACGACGACUGGUGGCACUGGGCAGCUGGCACCGCAACAAUGGCAUUGAGAAUGUGCUUGUGGCGAUCCGUGCUGAGAUGGCUUCUCCUACGAACCGACGUCUGCCGCAACCGCCUGAGGGUACCAACUUUUAA